GCGAAUAAAUUGUAAAAGUAAAUUUCAACGGGUAACACUAAGUUACAAUUCCUUGAUUAUCUAAAUGUUAAGAUUAUGUUUGAUUUGUCCUGGAUAUAAAUAGUUAACAGAAUGUUUCAGACAGCAUUCCCAAACCUGGAAAAAUAAAAUUGACUCUGAUAUCAAGAUGAAUGAGAGGGAUAUUCCAAGUGUACCCAUUACCACAUUAGCAGGAGUAGCUAGUUUAACUGACUUGUUACCAGUGCUUCCAUUACCAACACCUUUGCCGUCAACACUGAACAACAAGUCUCAGUUGUUUCACCCUCGUGUUGCAGAAGAAGCAGCUAUACUGCUUGCAACUCGUGAUGACAAUCUUGUCUCCUUACUGUUACAGUCACUUAUGCAGACAUCUGUUCAGCAUAUUGACUUGAAGGAUGAGAGUAUACCGAAUGCAGUCAGUCCUGCUCCUCCACAAGCAACUCCAGAACUUUUGAAAGCAAUAUUACAUGUUAACCCCAAUGUCUUUGAUCAGCAACAAAGAAAUCACUGGGGUAACCAUUUACAUGCAUCCAAGUUGAAUGGGAUGUCACCCUCUUCCACAUACAAUUAUGCAUCACAUAACACUGUUCACUCGAGUCCUUCAUCACAUGGUACUGCUGUACAUUCAGGGUCUAUGCCUAACCAGCAAGUGUUGGCGACACCAUGCCAGUCAUCCCCUCAUGUAAACAUGGGUUCCCCACCCUCUCAAGCUCGACCAGGGAGUCAAGUUAAUAUCACCGCUCAAAACAAUGUUUCACCGCCUUGGAGUACUUCAAACCCAUCUAAUAUAUACACAAGCCCUUUAUCGAAUUCUUCGUGUUCGAAUCCUCAAAAUGGUGGAUUUUAUAAUAGUUUAGUGCAAGAAAAUAGAAAUUUUCUCACUAACAUUGGUGACGAUAAGGAUCCACUUUCUAUGUCUCCAAGAAAUAUGACUGAACAACAGAAGCAGCAUUUACAAGUCCAGGAUAAGAAUUACGAACAAGUUCCAGGACAGUCUCCAGCUCAAGCUAGCGUGGCGCCUUCGCCUUUGCGACAGGAACCUCAAGUGCCUCAGCCGUGUAUGGGUGCCCCUUACGCCCCUCCAGCUACACAAAGCACACAAGAGAAACAAGACCCCAGCAGAAGCACACAAGUUAUGAACACUAGAUACCCUGUUGUUAAAUUAGGUCGACUCUCUGAGGGAAUGCUAAAGAAACACGAUGUGUCUCACGACGAAAGGUCGAGGAAAAAUAGUACAGUGGAUUCGGAUUCUGACGACAAUUUGCCUUUAAAAGCUAAGUCGAGUAGCUCCACUCCCACUGUAGAUAAAGAAAGAGAAGCUAUAGAUAUGGCUAGAGAAAAGAACUGGGAAGCGGUUAAGAGGAAACAUGAAGAAGCCAGUAGAAGAGAAGAAGCAGAGGCGGCUAUCGUGAGACCCAAGCUGCGAAAAGUGGAAAGAAGAUUGGUGCCAGUUCUGGAAAUGUUAUCUGUUGAUGAACUCAUGGAGACAAAUACAUAUCAACGGUUCAACAAAUUAAUAGAAUCCGUCUUCGAAACCAUCGAUGAUGACGUCAUUAUAACGGACGAAAUGGAGGGUACAGAUAUUCCACAAGAUAUGCUAUUACCUCGAUAUCAACUACAAGAGUUGUGUUCCGAAGCGGCGAAAUUAAAAAAUUUGGGUGCUAUGGAAGCCAUUCCUUCGGACAGAUUAGUACGAUUAUUAAACAUAUUAGAAAAAAAUAUUAGGGCUGCCGAAAAGAUGUCUCUAGUGGGGGAUCCAGAAGAUAGUGAAGAGAUGCGACAGAUCUGGAUGGAGUCGGCGUUAGAGCGUGUGAUGUGCGCCUCGGACGCCUGUCUCACGGCAUUGUAUAUAAUGACGUCACCCAGCAUGCCCAAACGAAUAUUCCUAGAAGAUGUUAUAGAUAGGAUCAUUAUGUUUAUUAAGUUUCAACUAAACAAUACCAUAUACUGUGUAUAUGACCCCGUGUACAGUAUCCAGAGUACUUCCAAGAAGAAAGUGGACGGCCGUAAGCGUCGCGGUGGCGGUGCAGGUCACGCCAGUCGGCGGUGCGGUAGUUCGACCAGAGCGGUCCGCGAGCUGUACACUCACGCUCACGAGUGUGUCACGUUGUUGUCUGAAUUGUUCGCUGCCCACCACCUCACCGACACCACAGUCCUACACGCCUCUACCGUCGGAGUAUCGCCGUUCUUCGUAGAGAACAUCAGCGAACUGCAGCUGUCAGCCCUCAAGCUUGUUACAACUAUUUUUACAAAAUACGAACAACAUCGCCGGCUACUGCUUGAGGAUAUCUUAGCUUCAAUAGCCCGGAUUCCUAGCUCGAAACACAAUCUACGGUCCUUCCAACUGAGUUCCGACCAGCACAUACAGAUGUUGACCGCCCUUGUUUUACAAUUGGUUCAGUGUGUUGUCACGCUCCCGGAGACGCUCUGUAAGACACAGGACAAGGAUAAGGAUAAGGAGAAGGAAAAGGAGCAUGUUGAGUCUGAUAGCAAAAAGCCCGUGGAUAAAGACCUAACAAUAAUAUCUAAAUACGAAGCAGCAAUCAGUGUAGGCGGAACAUUUCUCACAUCAUUUCUAAACAAGUGCCGCAGUCGGAACGAAGAAGUCGACUUCAGGCCCCUGUUUGAGAACUUCGUUCAUGAUCUUUUAACUACUGUUAAUAAACCCGAAUGGCCGGCUACAGAAUUGCUGCUAAGUUUACUCGGUACAAUGCUGGUGAAGUACAUGUCAGACAAGUCAAUGGAGAUGUCUGUACGUGUGGCGUCGUUAGAGUACCUGGGGUUGGUGGCGUCGCGAUUGAGGAGAGACAGUGUGACGUCACGAGCCAAGCUCGCCACCAUGGACGCCGUGGUGAGGGACAUUCGGGCCGAAGAGGAGAAAGAUGGAUGUCAGCAGCAGUCGCUGACGUCAGGUUUAGACGAAGAUGAAGAGAGAACAGAAUUUCUUCAAAGGGUAUUGCUUGAUUACCUUGCGAUAAAUGGUCAAAAGGAUCAGGCGUGGAAUUGUGCCAGGCAUUUUUAUAUUACGCAAUGGUACCGAGAUAUGGUCGUCCAACCGAAGAGCUCCUCACCAACAAAAAGACCGAAGAAUAAGUCAAAGAAAAAAUACAAAGUCGAAAGCAGUGAAGAGGAAUCUGACGCAGACGACGACAGCGACGGUGGCAUCAAGGAAUCGAAGGCCGACAAGAAACUACCUCCGAGCGCUCUGAUGUCCGCCGAGAAGUUCAAAACCAUUGAACGGCGGAAGCAUUUCUUCCUCGAAAAGAUUAGACCGUUCCGUUAUCAAGGCGGGACCCAGGUGCAAGUGAUGCAGUCCUACAUAGAUUAUAGCGGCGCGGAGUUGAUCUCGCAGUAUCUGGCGUCGAAGCGAUCUUUCUCCCAGAGCUUCGACAGGUAUCUGAGGAAGAUCCUGGUGAUUCUCUGCGAGAAUACAAUAGCAAUUCGUACGAAAGCUAUGAAGUGUUUGACGAUGAUAGUAGAGGCGGAUCCGGCGGUGCUGGCGCGUCCCGAUAUGCAGAUCGGUGUGAACCGCUCGUUCCUAGACCAGUCCACGGCAGUACGGGAGGCGGCCGUAGACCUUGUAGGAAAGUUCGUGUUGAGUCGACCAGAACUCAUCGACAAGUAUUAUGGAAUGCUCUCAAAUAGAAUAUUGGACACCGGUGUGUCGGUGAGAAAACGAGUGAUAAAGAUAUUGAAAGACAUUUGUAUAGAAUGUCCAGAGUUUCCAAAAAUACCUGAAAUAUGUGUGAAAAUGAUAAGGAGGGUUAACGAUGAAGAGGGUAUAAGGAAGCUAGUUAUGGAAGUGUUUCAAAAUAUGUGGUUCAGUCCGUGUCCCAACUCUUCGAGGCACGGUGCUCUGGAUAUAACAGCCGCCACGGCAGAUCCGCUCACUAGAAAAGUACUGAACAUAACAGAUGUUGUACUAUCGUCUAGAGAUAUGGGAUUGGAAUGGUUUCAACAACUGUUAAUGAGUUUAUUUAAACCUAAGGAAGAUAAGGAUGACUCCACAAAAAUUAUUUAUCAACCGCCUAAAUCUCUAUUGGUAGCUUGCCAACAAAUUGUUGACUGCCUUAUCGAACACUUACUGCAGUUGGAGGAAACCAAUACGGAUGGAGCUGGUUCAUCACAACGUAUUUUAGCGUGCCUCUCCACAUUGCAUUUAUUUGCAAAAAUUAGACCGCAGCUAUUGGUUAAUCAUGCAUUAACACUUCAGCCUUACCUCAGUCUAAAAUGUCAGAAUCAAUACGAGCAACAAAUAAUGUCAACGGUUGCUUCCACGUUAGAGCUGGUGGUUCCUCUCAUGGAACAUCCUAGUGAAGUAUUCCUCGCUCAGUUGGAGGAAGACGCCGUGAAGCUCAUCCUGCAGCGCGGCCAGCUCGUCAUAGCUGCCUGUAUAGCAUGUCUAGCAGCCAUUGUUAACAACCUGACGCACAAUUACAAACUCAUUAGGGAUGUGUUCAAUAAGUAUCACGGAGUUCUACUGCAAUGGAAGCAGAGUUGGCAGCGGAACGCCGAGAUGACACGCGGGCUUCACACGAGGCCUCACUUUAGACGAGCGUUGUUCAUUGUAGGACUACUAUUGCGGUAUUUUGAUUUCACUGAAAGCAGAGUCAUAGAGGGUCUUGCGACUGACAUCAAGGAGCAAGUGUACUCUACGUUAAUGUUUUUCGUCGGUCUCGAAGACGAAGAUUUCGUGUCACAUACGCUCAAAGCCCUCGGUUCAGUUUGUGUGCGACAUUACGAGUUUAUGUUGAGGCCGGAAUUGAAGGAGUUUUAUCAUCAGCUAUUGACAUCAGAACUGGCACCCAUAGAAAUGAAAGCAGACGUGCUUAGAAAUAUUGAGAUGUACUUACAAGAGGAGGAACAGAGAAUGAUCAGACAGGAUAAGGAAUGGUCAAAAAGAUCAAAACAUGAAAACUUAAAGGAGAUGGGCGACGUGUCUUCCGGAAUGGCGUCAACAGUGAUCCAAUUGUACCUUAAAGAAAUCCUGGGAUCAUUUUUGCACGCGAGCACGGUAGUUCGCUCCAGCGCUAUGAAAGUAGUGCAGUUGGUGUUAGCACAAGGGCUGGUCCAUCCUGUACAGAUUGUUCCAUAUCUAAUAUGUAUGAGCACCGACACAGAGGUGACAGUGUCACACACGGCAGACAAAAAUCUCCAAGAAAUAGAUAAAAAAUAUCCAGGAUUUAUACACAUGAAGGCUCAACUUGGUAUAAAACUGUCGUACCAGCUACAAAAAAUAUUACAGAAUAAUAAGAAGGGAGUAAUUAGAGGGUUCAGGAAAAAGGAACAAGACGACUUGCCAACUGCUCUUAAUGGUUUUUUAUAUUCACUGUUAAGAAACACGCGGCCGCAGCGACGAGCAUUAAUACUAUCCUUAUUGAAACAAUUCGAUGACGUUUCUACCGCUCCAUUGGAUCAAAUGCUCUAUCUGGCUGAUAACUUAAGCUACUUUCCUUUUCAAGUUCAAGAUGAACCACUUUUUAUAAUACACCAUAUUGAUAUUAUAAUUUCUACGUCGGGAUCAAAUUUAUUACAAAUUUUUCGGGAGGGUCUUUUAAAAACUGGUAGUGAAGAGAAGGAGCCGCUCGACGAGGAAGAGGACGAGGAGGAGGCGGAGGCGCUGGUGGCGAGACUGCCGCCCUCCACCAGGCCGCUGAGGGACGCCAUGAGACAGGCCCGAGGCUGUCUGCUCUUACUCGUUCUCAAACAACAUCUCAAACAGCUCUACGGUUUCACAGACGCUAAAAUUAGUCAGUAUUCACCGUCGGAGAGCGUGAAGGUGUACGAGAAGGCCGUCUCUAGACGGCACGCUCCUCAAUUCGAGCCCAAGGCGACGAUCGCUCAGCUGCAUCAGAAGGACGACGACCAGGAGCUGGAUGAGCGUGGCCGGCGGAGACUUAUAGAUGACUACCUCGAGUUCAAGCAGAUGAUGCUCAAGUUCGAUCCCGAGGAGGAGGAGGACGAAGAGGGCGCGGCGAGUGGCGCCGCAGCUGGGAGUACCGGCGCUGGCGCAACAAGCGCGGGCGGUGCGGCAACCGCCGGUGGAGCUGUCAGUGCGGGAGGGGCGGCGGGCGCGGGAGGGGGCGCCACCUAGCCGCCGCCUCCCGUGCGCCCCGGACGAUAAACUGACAAGUGACAGUGCAGUGCAGUGCGCCCAAGCCUAAGGCCCACGGCUCAAGCCCAAGGCCCGAGCCCCGAGCCCGCGCUACGAGCCCAGCGCGUCUUGCGGACGUUUCGUAUUUUCUAUGUCGAUUUAAUUUAUUGUCUGCGGCGGCCCGCGCCGGCGCCCGCGGGUUCGUGCCGAUAUGACGAUCCUGAAUUCUUUAUAUAAGUUAUAUUUGAGAAACGCGAUUUUGUUUUAUAUUAAAAGUCUUGUGUGUAGAUAAUUUUUAUGAAGAAUAUAAAGUAUAUGUAUCGACACCGACUCGAUCUCUCGAGUGUUUUGUCUCAUUAUAAUCUCAGAAUUGUGCGCACGGUAUUGAAGGCGUUUUAAAAUAGUAGGUCAAUUUCUUAUGCAGAGCCUGUCACGAUUGCGAGAAAAAAUGCAUAAUUUUUAUACGUAUUGGCGUCUAUGUAAUAUAGAAUAAAAGAUAUAUGUUGAUAUGGAAGGGUACUGCAAUAAACUCCAUUUCAGAUAUUGAUAAGGAAGAUAAA